UGUCGGAAAAAAGAAUAAGCAUGGUCGAGAAAAGUAACAACAAGAGACAAAGAGUGAACCAAGUUCCAAAGUUCAGUAUCAACGACCACCACGACGUUCUUGUAGAAAUCCUCCGGCGACUAGACGGUCCAUCUCUUUGCUCAGCCGCAUGUGUGUGCCGUCUUUGGUCGGCCGUGGCUCGUAAUGACUCUAUAUGGGAAGAGCUCUGUUUCCGACAAGUUUCACCACGACCUUCUUUGUCUCUUCGUUCCGUUGUGUCGGCUCUUGGUGGCUACCGAUGUCUCUACUUUCUCUGUAUCCGUCCCGUCCUCGCACGACUUCCUAAGCUUCGUUGGACACGAGACCAGCUUCAGUUCUCUUUGUCACUUUACUGUGUUCAUUACUACGAGCGCCUCUACGUCGGCGCGUGGCUUGGAGACGCGCCACCUUCGUCGCUUAUGUUUCUUCGGAAGCCCGUUAACGUUGUCUGAACCGGAACCGGAACCGGAACGGCCCUUUUUUUGUUUCUCGACGAUUAAUAAAUUAUUAGUUCCCAA